AGACAAGCUCGGUCAUUCACUUUCAGGUCUCCAACAUCGUGUCAGAAUGGCUCCAGGCAAAGGAGGCUAUCGCCAGAUCAACAAAGCUCUGAACAUCUGCGCUUUCGAAGACUACCUAGAGAGCCAGACAACUCUUCUGCCCCCACUUGAAGAUGUAGAGCACAUCAGUCCGCGCGUCAUUCGGGUUCUUGGCCAGAAUCCUGGAAAGUUCACUCUCCAAGGCACCAAUACAUACAUCAUUGGCACAGGCACAGAACGACUCAUCGUGGACACAGGUCAGGGAAUUCCAGACUGGGCAGACUUGAUCUCAGCAGCAGUGUCCAAGGGCAACUUCACAAUCUCGUCUGUGCUCCUUACCCACUGGCAUGGCGACCACACAGGCGGUGUGCCUGACCUGAUUCGCAUGUAUCCGCACCUCGCAGGAUCCAUCUACAAGCAUACGCCGAGCAAGACCCAGAAACCCAUCGUCAACGGGCAGGUCUUCAAAGUGGAGGGGGCUACCGUGCGGGCAGUGCACGCACCGGGCCACUCGCACGACCAUAUGUGCUUCAUCUUGGACGAGGACCAGGCCAUGUUCACGGGCGACAAUGUCUUGGGUCACGGCACGGCAGCCGUGGAGCACCUCAGCAUCUGGAUGGCGACUCUCCGCCAGAUGCAGACCCACGGCUGCAAGCAAGGUUACCCGGCCCACGGGGCGGUGAUCCCAGACCUCACCGCCAAAAUAAAUGGUGAGCUGGCGGGAAAGGUGCGUCGAGAGCGGCAGGUCCUGCAGGCGUUGCAGAAACAGGCCAAUGAGGGCGGCGUGAAGAACAGCAGGCUCACGACCAAGGAGAUUGUGACGGCUGUGUACGGCCCUCAGAUCACUGAGGAUGUGAGGAAGAUGGCCUUGGAGCCCUUUAUCGAUGAGGUUCUACGGAAACUGGCCGAGGACGGCAUGGUUGGGUUUCAACUGCGUGACGGGGUAAAGAAGUGGUUUUCAAUCUGUUGAGCUUCCAACAACAAAGUCAUUGGAUGUUUAUGUACCCCUAUCUUUUUUUUUUUCUUUCUCUUUCUUUAUCUUUCUUGGGACGAGCAAAACCUUCUUGCUUUACAGCUGUUUUUUUUCGCCCCUAUUUUCUUCUCAUGUUUGAAUCUAGUAGAGUGGUAAAUGCAACAGUUUCAGCCC